AUACAAUCACGCCACUUUAUUUCAAAUUACGUUAUAAUGUGAAGUUCAUGAUUUAACUUUAUGUUGACCAUGAAGUGUGAAAUACAUCAAAUUAUGCAGACUAAAUAAACAUGGCCGUCCAUGAGACGGCACGUGGUAGUUUACGAGGGAAUUAGUUCAAAUUUAAUUUGAAGUGUAGUUUGGGAACGGUGACCUGUUGAAGCAUGUCUUAGUGUAUAGUAAUUAGAUAAUGGAUUUAUUUAUGACGCUACUUGUUAUUGUACUCGGAUUUGCAGUUGUAGGUACCGGCAUCUUUUUAUACAUUAAAGUACGACCCAGAUUUCCAUCAUUGGUCAACUGUUGGUUUUGUAAUACAAAUACGAAAGUACCAUACGAGAAACGAAAUGAAUGGACGUGCCCAUUUUGCGAACAAUACAAUGGCUUUUCUUCUGACGGAAACUACAACAAACCUAUUCCUGCACAACAUGAUUUCCAUAUGAACCGUCUAGUUCCGGCCACAAACACACACAAUUAUAAGAAAUUGGUGGCCAGUAAAUUUUGUCGAAGUUGCACGAUAAACCAACAGUUAAAGAUACAGCAGUUGGCGUCAUUUGUUCCUAUAGAUGAAGAUAACUUUGACGAAGAGAUCGAACAGUACAGAGUACACCUGGAAAGAGCAUACGCAUUAUGUCCUUCUUGUGAAGGUGUUCUGAAGGACACACUAACAAGGCAGAAAGCAUGGCUUCUCCGGCUGCAGGCGAAAGAAAAGGGCAACUCAUAUCUCAAAGGAAAUCAGGUGUAUGGCAGACUGCUGGCUGCAGCUCAUUCUACUGUCCAGCUGGCUCGAGCACUAUCAGCUAGUAUUUGCGUCAUUAUGCUAGCGAGUGCAUCAGUAACUGAAGAGUACUUGCAGAUACCGCCAUCAUUAGUGGCAUUGUCAUUCUUGCCCCACCCUCUGCCAGCUUCGGAGUCAUUAAGGGAAUGGCUCCUUUUUUGCCAUCGCUCAAUUACUCUGGUUGUGGCAGGGAUGUUAUUCCAAGUUAUUGCUGCCAUGAGUGCGGGUAAAACUUCGUAUCUACGUGAUGUUUGUGGUAUUGCAGGUUGGGCAUUCUUACUUCUGCAGUAUGUAGCUGCUUUACAUCUGCCACUUAAAGACUACAUUCGUAUGGAAGAUGCUGACUGUCUGCAUGUGGUGACAUUACUGGCAACCCUUACCUUGAGCCUCCUUCCCUUUUUGAUGCCAACAGUAUCAAAGAGCACACUUAAGAAAAUUCAGAGUGAUUCUUUUAAAAGGUUAGACACAGCUGUGCAUGCAGCAUCUGAGGAGCAGGCUAAAGGAGUAUCAGAAAAUUUAAAUGAAAAAAAUAUGAAAAGUAACAAAGCUUCCUCCCAUAUUGCCAGCAAGUGCUCUCCUGAAAUCAAUAUUGGGAAGAAAAUUUGUGAUGAAACAAUUUUCCAUUUUGGUGAUACCAGAAGAGAUUACAAAAGAUCACCUAAUGAUGUGUUUGCCAAUACCAGCAACAGUUCUGGUCUCUACAAUCGUUUUAACAGGGCCAAAUGUUAUAGUACAGAUCCAUACUUUGAACAAGAUCUUCAUCACAGCCUUUGUAGCCUGUCACUGGGAACAUCAACACGUCCACGUAGCAAAAGAUGGGCGUUUGAAUCACGUGUGUAUGGUGGCAAGGAGUUCCCUGGAUUAUUUACUGCAAAUGAUAGUAGACCAAGGCCUCUUCUUAGCCCACCAAGACUAGGAGUUCAUAGGAAUGUGACACGAUCCCCAUGGUCAGCAGGAGGGUAUUGGCAGACACCUACUUCAUUUGUAGCUGGUCAUGAUGGUUCUCCUUUAUCACGAUCAUCAAGUCGCAGCUCUGGAUUUGGAUCUCUGAGUAGCCGACCAGCUGCAGUUGCUGCUAGUCCUCCAGGCUCACGUGCUGGUUCUGUCUGUGCAGGAGAUGCUGAUCGGUUUUCUGUACAUUCACUGCCAGCCUAUCCUCCAAAUUUUCCACCAACGUACUUCCCCUUCUAUGGUGGACCUUACUUAAUGCCACAUUUAGGAAGCUACACAAUGGCACCGCCCUGUUAUUUUGCACCACCACCCCCACCACCUGCAUCUGCUUCCCCACAGUCAUCACCUGCUUUAAGUGAUUCUGAUUCAAGUUGUGCUUCACAGAAGGGUACAAAGUGUAUGGAUGUACAUAAAGGACUUGUUGAUAUUCUAAAGGAAAACUGUUGGUUGUCAUGUAUAAUUGGGAGCAGUCUUUUACUAAAUGCUGCAGCCACUGUGUUCUUCAUAUUCAUGAAUAGAAAUUUCUUAACUGGCGUUCCAUAGAUAAUAAUUCAUUUCUUUUAGUCCCAGCCAAUUUUUGCCUUCUUUGUCGUAGCUCAGAAUAGGAUAAUUUAGAAGUGUGACCAGCCUCUGUUUUAAUGAAGUUUUGCUCUGUACUGAUGCAGAAUUUGUUUUUUAUGUGAACAAUUUUAUAAGUUGAAAUUUUUCAUUUCACAUCACUGGAGGGAGUAAGUGUCAAUUGUGUAAAUAUCGAUGUCAGAUGUUAUGAGAAGCUAUUGCUUUUGAUAAUUUUUUUGAGCCUUGUAUUUCACAGUUUUGUAAACUCCAAAGAUUCUACUCUUAACAAAUGUGUUUACAAAAAACAGAUAUUUAUUGACAAGUCAGUAGUCAUAAGAUACUGUAGACAACCCAUGGACUGGAGGUAUGCGCUGAUACAUUAUUAUUUGUUAAGCUGGUCUGUUACUUUUUGUUAUAUAGUGUGUUUAUUUGUGUUCAUGUAAAAAACAUUGUGUUCAUAGAAUGUAAAUAUCAUUUGGUAAGUUAUUCAAAUGUUCAGUGUUGAACAGCAUCCAGUUUUUCCCUUUCAGGAAAAGAUUUAUUACAUUAUAGGGACAGGUUUGAGUUCCUUAAAUUUAUACUUAUACAUAGAUUGUACUGUCAUUUUUGACAACAACAGUAUUACAUAUAGUACUUGUAAGAGAACUGCACAAAACACUAGUCAGAGACCACUUUGUUCCAUUAAUGCAAGCGGUGAAAAAGUGUAGAAUACUUUCUGAAAUUUAGUUCACACUAAAGUUGAUGGGAAAUUUUUUUUUGAAGUAGUGACCAGUAUGUAAUUACCAGUGGCACUGUGUGAUGAUAAAACAUUUUUCUCCAGUUUGUGAAUUUGCUGCGUGUAUUGUUGAUGAGCGACAGCACCCCAUUUAAGGAUGACCAAAAAUCAUAGGUACAAAAUAUUAAUGUGGACUAAGGAAGUAGUUAGGAGUUAGUAGGUUUCUAACCAAUGCUGGAGUCAUUAAUUACAAAAUCUCUCUCCCCAUAAUUGGUGACAGUUUAAAUGUAGCAACCAAAGAUAUACAGGUUUCCUAUAGUUAAUUUGCCGGUUCCCAGAACUACUAAUCAAAAGUAUUCCCUAACUGCCGCAUUCAGUCACUUGUUUAUUCUAAGACAGUCCUCCUCCUCCCCCCGCCCCCUCCCCCCCCCCCCAAAAAAAAAAAAAAAACUGGAAUAAUUACUAUUCAUUUCUCAGUAAUUAUCUGAAGUGUGGUAAAUCAUGACUGCUGUAAUUCCUACAAUUUGCAUCUCUUGUUUAGACAGUAUUUUGUGCAGAUCUUUUUAUGCAGCAAGAAAUGACGACUAAUGUGUGAACAGCACAUAACAAGGUUUUACUUACUGAGAUUUCUAUUGAAAUUAUUAAUAACUCUGUGAAAAUGAUUCCCCCUUUGUCUAACUCUAAAUGCUGUUCAAUGAAAACUGCCAUUAUACCGUUAUAUCAAACUGGAAAAGUCCUAUGCUUGUCUUCCUUGAUGGAUGAGAUUUUUUUCAGUGUGUGUGUGUGUGUGUGUGUGUGUGUGUGUGUGUGUGUGUGUAGAUAUGAGUAAGUUAUUUUUUUCGCAGUUGUGAAGAGUCAGUGUACAUAUUUUAGUUGCAAGAUCUUGUUUUAUUGUUGUGACUUCUCAGGUGAUGUCUAUAACUGCCAUAAAAUGAGUGUUAAGUGUAUUUUUUUAUGUGACACUGUUAUUUAAAAAUAAAGUCCUGCAAAAAUGAAUGCACCUCUCA